UGACAUUGUUUUUCUUAAAAGUUUUUUAUCUUAAAUUUUAAAUUUAAGGAUAACUUCUCCUAUAAAGUCAACGGUAGCUAUCCUAUUUUAAUCUCAUAUUUUACACCCAACUGUUUAUAAAAUGAUAGUAAUUCUCUUUACAAUAAUACAUAUGGGGUUAGUUUGAAUAAGAUGUUUGUGUAUGUUAAUUUCUAGACCACUUUGUGAAAAGUUUUUUUCCAAUUUAAUUUUUCAUGGACCUUUAACAAAGGAACUGAAUUUAUUAAUAUUUUCCGGACAAAUCUGAAAAAAAUAAACUUUUUACUUUUAAAGGAAUUUCAAGUUGGAAUAGGAAUUGAAACAGCUCGAUAUUCGGGCAUGCGCUUUGACGCACAGAUCAAGCGUAAAUGCGUGAGUUAGAAGAGGACUGAAGCGGGGAUGACAGCGCGCGUGCAGGUUGGAGCAGCAGAAGCGCUAGUUCGCAGUUAUUUGCUUUCCUAGAUAAUCCAUGACUUCUUAGAAACUGGAAUGAGAUGGUUCCUGCAUCUGAAAAGCUUUAAAGCAUCAGUUAUUGUGUAAUAAUUAUAUAUACAUACAAAACAAAACAAAAAAAAAACCUCCAAGCAGCAAUGAGCGCGUCUUUAGGGACCGGAGUAUUUGUUUUGUCCUUAACAUCCAUUCCUAUUUGCUAUUUAUUCAACUCUCUUCUUUCAAACAGCAGUGCUGAAGCUUUCUUCUUUGCUGGGUGCACAUCAGUCCCCUCCCUGUUGAUUUCAGCCCGUUUCAUGCUAAAGAAGAAGGCACCAGAGGACCCUCUAUUCUACUUGUAUGCAGUGUACGCCUUCCUCAGCGUGGUGAAUCUGAUCAUUGCAUUGGAGCAAGACAACAUCAUUGAUGGAUUUGUAACUUUUUACCUCAAAGAGGCAGACCCACAUAUUAACACAGCACACGGUCACGUGGUCUCCUAUUGGGAUGGCUCAGCUCAUUAUCUCAUGUAUCUGCUCAUGAUUGCUGCUAUAACUUGGGGGGAUAGUUACAGAGUAAUUGGACUGUACUGGGUUGGCUCUUUUCUCAUGCAGACCAUAGUCUACAUUCUUGGAAAUGCUGUGGGUAAAUAUGGGACCCAAGUUGGGUUUUUCUUCAUUCCCCAAAUUCUUUAUAUCUUUGUGUCAGUGUGGGCUUGCUUCCGCGUCUUCAGUCAACCCUCCGCACGAGAUACUCAGUCGACAGAUAUUCUAAAUACUGUGAGGAAAAACUUGCUACACAGACCCCUGGAUUUGGUGUUUAUCAUCUGCCUUCUUCUUGCGUUUAUGUUCUGUGUCUUCAGAGGCCUGAUUGCUCUUGACUGGUCUUGCAAAUGGUGUCACGACUACACACAACAGUAUGAACCUUACCUUAAAGAUCCCUCUGCCUAUCCCAAAGUUCAGAUGCUGGUGAGCAUGCUGUAUUCUGGACCAUACUAUAUAAUAGCUUUAUAUGGGCUGUUAGUCCCUGGAUGUGAGUGGAUGCCAGACCUGUCUCUUGUACACUCAGGAGCACUGGCACAGGCCCAGUUUUCUUACAUUGGUGCAUCUCUUCACACUCGGACUCCGUUCUCAUACAGAGUGCCUGUUAGCAGCCAGCUUGUUUUCCUGCUGGUCAAUUUAUUGUACACUCUGGUGCCUCAAGCUCUUUGCUACCGGUGUUGCACCCAGCCAGAGUUCUUCCUCAGGCCGACAGCAGAAAAGAAAGAAGAUUAAAUAGAAAAACAGGGGGGCUAAUAAUAUCAAAGAUGCCUUACAAAAGUUUGGCUCAACUGUGUAAGAGGGGCUGGAAAAAAUAAAAAUAAAAUUGUUUUUAUGCUUCCCAUAUUGGGUCUUUAGGAAGUAAAUAAGCUAAAACACAUUUGUUUAGGCUUUUUUUUGUUUGAAUUGUAAUUUUUUGCUUUGUCUUUCUGAUACAUAAAGAUAAAAUCGUAUCUGUGUCAA